UCCCUAGUCCCUCCCUCAGUGGUUGAGUGAAUCAACUUCACUCACUGACUCUUGCCCACCUCACACUCCCACACACCCACACCAUUCCCUCUCUUCAAUUUUUCAUUUUCCAUUUCCAGCUCACUUUCAAGAAAAAAAAUAACCUGCUCAAAGUUCUGCCCAAAACCAUUUCUUGGUACGUUUACACCCCCGGAUCUUCGAAUUCCCCAAUUCAUGGUGUGAAUUCUUGAGUAAAAUGCUGUUGCAAAUGCUGGUGCUUCAGCCAGGCUUAUUAUGUAAGCUUCAAUUCUCUCUCUCCGCAGCAUUCAUUAGCUUCAGUUUGGAGUUUGCAAGAAAAGGAAAACUUCAUUGCUCGAAGUGUUUGAAUGCUUGGGUGAGUUUUCUAAUGAAACGCUGCUCUUCCCAUGUAAUGCUAUGUCCUCUCUUGAUCAUUAUCGCACUUUUGCCUCUGGCCUGCGGUGACUUGAGCUCAGACAGUCAAGCCCUUCUGGCAUUUUCGUCAACCAUACCUCAUGGCCGGAAACUCAACUGGAAUGCUGGUUCCCCUAUCUGCACAACGUGGACAGGAGUCAAUUGCAGUACAGAUGGCAAUAGUGUGGUUGGUCUACGGCUUCCAGGUAUCGGACUUACUGGUCCGAUUCCCUCAAACACUAUCGGGAAGUUGGAUGGCUUGAGGGUUCUAAGCUUUAGAUCUAAUCGUCUUAGUGGUAACCUUCCUUCUGAUAUUCUUUCGCUCCCUUCCCUCCGCUAUGUCUUCCUCCAAAACAACAACUUCACUGGCGAAAUUCCAUCUUCGCUUCCUCCUCUACUUGCGGUUUUGGAUCUCUCGUUUAAUUCAUUGACCGGAAGCAUUCCACUAACGUUUCAGAAUCUGACACAUCUUACAGCCUUGAGCCUCCAAAACAAUUCUCUCUCCGGUCCUAUUCCUGAUCUAGACCUACCACAUCUCAAACGUUUAAACGUAAGCUACAACCGGUUCAAUGGCAGCAUUCCAUCUUCUUUGAAUAAGUUCCCGAAUUCUUCAUUCAUUGGAAACUCUCUAUGUGGACCGCCUCUCAGUCCUUGCUUCCCUAUUUCACCACCUUCUUCCGCCCCCACUGCUCCAUUUCCGCCAACAGGGAGACAAACGUCUACGAAGAAACUAUCGUUGGGAGCUAUAAUUGCUAUUGCAGUGGGAGGUGCAGUACUGCUAUUUCUUGUGGCUCUAAUUUUAUUCCUGUGCUGCUGUAAGAGGAAACAGAACGAAGAGGGCGUUGCCCCCAAAAUCAAGUCUUCUGGUGUCGGGAGAACUGAGAAACCAAAUGAAGAGUUUGGUAGCGGGGUGCAAGAACCCGAGAAAAACAAGCUAGUUUUCUUUGAAGGGUGUUCGUAUAACUUUGAUCUUGAAGAUUUGUUGAGGGCCUCAGCCGAAGUGCUGGGAAAGGGUAGUUUUGGGACUGCAUACAAGGCAGUGCUGGAGGAGUCGACUACGGUUGUUGUGAAAAGACUCAAAGAGGUCAUCGUGGGGAAGAAAGACUUCGAACAGCAAAUGGAAGUAGUCGGGAGAGUAGGACAGCACCCGAAUAUUGUCCCUUUACGCGCUUACUAUUACUCCAAGGAUGAAAAGCUCUUGGUCUAUGAUUACUAUCCUAAUAGUAGCUUGGCAAGUCUUUUGCAUGGAAACAAGGCUUCUGGCAGAGCUCCACUUGAUUGGGAUUCAAGAGUGAAGAUAACCCUCGGAGCUGCAAGAGGGAUUGCUCAUGCGCAUGCCGUUGGUGGCGCAAAAUUCACUCAUGGAAACAUCAAGUCCUCAAAUGUCCUCCUCAACCAAGAUCUUGAUGGUUGUGUAUCUGAUUUUGGCCUUGCUCCUCUCAUGAACUACCCUGCUACCGCAUCACGGCAGGCGGGGUACCGCGCUCCGGAGAUCAUUGAAACACGAAAACACACUCAUAAAUCAGAUGUGUACAGCUUCGGAGUGAUCCUGCUUGAGAUGCUGACGGGCAAGCAGCCGAUCCAGUCUCCCACACGGGACGACAUUGUUGAUCUCCCCCGGUGGGUUCAGUCAGUCGUCCGGGAGGAGUGGACGGCCGAGGUCUUUGAUGUCGAGCUCAUGAGGUUUCAAAACAUCGAAGAAGAGAUGGUGCAAAUGCUGCAGAUCGCCAUGGCUUGUGUUGCCAAGGUGCCGGACAUGCGCCCCACCAUGCACGACGUCGUUAGAAUGAUCGAAGAGGUACGACAGUCCGACUCUGAGAACAGACCAUCUUCUGAUGAGAAUAAGUCCAAGGAUUCAAAUGUGCAGACCCCUUGAUUCUUCCCAUUCUUCUUGUUCAACUUCAAGAAUGCCAUUCGAUUUUUAUGCUCCCCGUGCCACCCUCGGCUCCGACUCGGAGCCGGUGGCCGGAGGUGCACGUGUUUAGUGAGAGUGUGAAUGUGACUCAGGUCAUUGAACUUCAUAGCCAUGUAGUUUUGUAGAUUUAUUUAUGUUUCCUUAACAACUCUUGAGAUUGUCUUGUUUCUUUCUUGUACACCAUUCAACUUCAACAGCUAUUACAUUACAAAUUGUUUUGUACUAAUUUGAAUCAAAGAUUUGUUCGCUUCA